AUGCCUCAUCCCAAUAGGUUCCCCAGCUCACCGGGCCUGCGAGAUCCCCCCAAGCAGGCCUUGGAUGAGCUUCUCCUCCCUCGAUCACAUUCAAUGUCUCAUCCGAAAUCUUCCCUCUCCCACUCCUCUGUUCGAAGCUUCUCUACUCGGCGACCUCGACCUUCCGUCGCGUCAAUAGCGGACCUUUUUGUCGGCUCCCUUGUCCUGGCAGGUUUGUGCCACGAGCACUCGCCACGACCACGAGGUCGAGGCUUGUCUACGUUACAUUUGAGGACAUCGGAACCUAAUCUACGGAGGUUCAGGAGCAAAGAGGGGCCAGAACGUGGCGAACGCCCGGCGCGAAGACACUGGGAAUUUUCUGGAUCUUCAGCCCAGCAAUCGCGACAAAAAUCAUGGCUUUGCCAUAACCUGGAGAUAGUGGAAGAAGAUAACCUAGAGACACACAAUUUGUCAAUUCAAGCAAAGGAGAGAUUGAAGGAGGAUAACGAUCACGCGCUGCCUCGACUACCAUAUAUUCCGGACAGCAAAUCGCAACAAUACUUCGAGGAACAUUUUUUCGACACAAUACCGGAAGUCCGCCAAUUAAAGGUUUACCCGAAGGAAGACACAAUCGACGAUGAGCGAAGUUCAGCGAUCGCAACAGACUUAAAUAUAACGGAGGAUCCAUCCCUCACACGAGACGAAAGAGUGCGAAAUGCCGUCUCCGGCAUAUUCCAGCGGUUGUUAGGAGAUAAAUAUGACUGGGAGGAGGCUGUUGAGGCUAUAAUGCCCAAACAGGUAUUCAUUCAAAAAGCGGACGAUAACACACGCGAUGCAAUUGAGAGUCCAUCAGUUGCAAGGCUCGUUGAAGCACUGCCCAGCCAGGAACAGGCAACGACUCAGUUCCUUUUCCGUCUGUACAGAGACCUUCCAGAGCCUGGAGUUGCACAUCUAUCUAAGGCAUCACGUGGUCGCCUGUUGAGGCGACUGGCGACGCCUCCGGAUCGACGUUGGUCGGACGCCCGUCGCUACCUUGCCUUGGUGGAAGAUAUGAUUACCGCCGGACUUCCAAUGUCACGUUCUCUAUGGUCCACCGCAAUUCAUAUGGCAGGCCGAAGCAACAAUGGUAGGGUUUCGAAACGACGACUGGUUCACGCAAUUGGCCUUUGGCAACAAAUGGAGCACGUGGCAGGCAUCAAGGCCGACGACGUGGUGUUUAAUAUCUUAUUCGAUAUCGCUAUCAAAGCAAACCAGUUCGUCGUAGCUGAUCGUUUGGAAGAAGAAAUGAACAGGAGAGGGCUUCACUUUUCGCGCUCUGGGCUCGUCUCAAAAAUAUUUGCAUGUGGCAUGCGGAAAGAUCUAGACGGGAUUCGAGGCACAUUUGAUUACUUCGUCAAGUCAGGAGAGCUGGUUGACACUGUUGUGUUGAACUGCGUUAUGGCAUCCUUUCUCCGAGCCGGUGAUGUUGAAACAGCCGAACAGCUAUAUGGACGGAUGCUGAACGCACAAGUUCAACAAAAGAAGAAAGAAUCUUCAGGCCCAGGGGUCUCCCAAGAAACCUCUCCCAGUCUUUCGCCAGAUUUCACAUUCUAUCGAGCAAAAACCAGAGAGCUUGGUCGCCUACUGAAGAAAUCCAAAGCUCUCAAGAAAAGCCUACCUGCUUGCCACCAAGCACUUCAAGAUUCUCUUCCUAUGACACCAGAUACACGGACUUUCUACAUCUGGCUUCAGUUCUGUACGCGCGUCACUGGUGAUCUGGACAUGUUUAUGAACGUUCUGCGAGACAUGGAGAACACUUUUUCGGUCCCCCCUCGUCACCUCAUCUAUCUUUACCUUUUCGAAGGAUUUGGACUUCAUGGACGCCGAAGAAAGAAUUGGUGGACAGCAGAGAAGCUUCGACUGACCUGGCUUUCCUUUAUACAAGCCGUGCGAGACUCUAAAGCGAGGCACUCGGGAUUCCACGAAGACGCCCCAGCUAUGAUUUGGGAAAAUCCAUUAACAGGCGUGGACGUUGAAGCCGAGAUACCGACUGUCCACCCUUCUGCCAAUCCAGAUGAGCUCUACAUGAGUUUGCCAUCUACAGACGGGGAUGCUUCGUCAAUCACACCAGAAGAAAAUCCAAAUCUCUCUAAUCGCCACACCGAAGACCAAGUUAUUGAUCUUGAUGAAGACGACAUCCAGGGAGAAGACCAACUUGAGCACGAAGACACCACGGAGGGCCAGCCCGAUAACGACCUUGCGGAUCUGAACUUCGACGUCGAGAGUAUCUUCACUCCUCAAUCAUUGUCUCUCCAUCAAGAAGGCGAUCCUGACCGCCAGGAUCUUGAAUACAUCUCACAACGUCUGGAGAAUGGCGUAUUCGUUGGACGGCGCAUGAUUAUUCUUAUUCUACGAGCCUUUGGCACCUGCUGUGGGCCUCAGGAGGUUAUGGAGGCUUGGCUGCAACUCGAACAGCUCUGGUCCCCUCAUAAGCGCAAGGCAAACGAUGUACUUGCAGUGAAGGAAGCGAUCGAUGAGCAAAUGUCGCGAAAUCCACGAUAA